UGUGUGUGUGUGCAUGUGUGCAUGUGUGUGUGGUUAGUGGUAAGAGUCCGAGCCAUGCGCUGCACGCUUUGCACUUUAGUCCUCCUCAUCUUUCCUGUUUUGGGACAGUGGGGUGAAAGUGUCUCAGAUCCAGAAGAUGGAGGUCAUGAGUUCUUUCAUGCAGCAGAUCAUUAUGACUUUGCUCUUCUGCUGUCUGGGACAGAGUCACAGUGUUUCUGGCACUUUGCUCGUCAGAACGGCCGCUUUUACCUGACUUACAUGGUUCAGUGGGUGUCUGGGAUGACUGCAGGCAGACACCUGGUAGUCUCUAUUCUCUCUCCUAAGGGCAUCCUCCUUUCUUACACUGAUAACACUAUGGGCCAGAUGAACUUUCAAGUAAAGGAGACAGGGUUUUACCAGAUGUGUUUUGCCAACUAUCACAACCAUUUUGGUGACAUGCGAGUCUUCCUGAACUUCGGGGUGUUCUACGAAGAGGAGGCUGAGGCCAAGAAGGAGAAUGAAAUGGAUGAGGAGGUUCUAAACGGCACUCUUUCCAACAUUAAGGAUAUUUCAAAUAAGAUACAGCUUCGAAUCCAGCACAUGUGGCGCUUCUAUAACGUAGCACGAAUGCGCAGAGGGGCUGAUUACUUCCUGCUUCAGUCCAAGUCCUAUUAUGUGAAUGCCUGGUCUGUCCUCCAAAGCUCUGUCAUCAUCAUGGCUGGAUAUCUGCAGCUCUUCUUUCUCAAGAGGUUCUUCAGGGCAGAAGAAAACCGGCGUCGCUGCUGAGAGAUAGCGAGAAAGUGCUGAAACCUCUAAACUGGCUGGUUUCCUUUUUGCUUGCUCUUUGAAUCCUGAUUUGACAGUAAAAUAGGAAGGAAGAAAAUAAAGAGAAAAUGUGUGGUCAGAGGUUUUGGCUAAACCCUGUGAUAUUGUGAAUCCUGAAAGCUGAGAGUGAACAGCUUGUAAUAUGAAUGCAGAUGUUUUUCAUGUUAAAUGAGACAAGUGAUGAGUAAUGAGAUGUUGUUUUCUCAUAUGUUGCUACACACAGCUGGUUCAAAUCUGAUGUGCUUCAAAUCAAUGCUGGAUACUUUAAUAUAAAAUAAAAUAUAUUCGGAUACUGUGUUAUGCAUACCUAAUCCUGUGUUCAUUAAUUCAGUGAUUUGUUAAGUAAGAAUUAAUUAGUUUUGUUGUGAUAAAUCACGUGUUUUUCGUACAGAUUUAUAAUCUAAAACAGUGGUUUUCAAAGUGGGGGCCGCCAGGGGGCGCCCGGGGGGCCUCAACAAUUUGGUCGGAGCCACCAAGCCCAUCACUCCCACUAGUAUGUUUUCUUUCUCACUCUCAGACAACCACACACAAACACAAACACACAAUCAAUUCCUAAUGUAAUGUAAUGUAAAGAUGUAAGAUGUAAUUAUUAAUAAAAAAAAAGGGGGGUAUAUUCAGAAGUCUAUAUUUUUAAUGUGUUUUAAAGACAUCUUGCAAAAAGGGGGGCCUCGGUCAAAUGUUAAUGUCAUUUUGGGGGGCCUUGCCCUGGAAAAGUUUGGGAACACCUGAUCUAAAACAGUGGUUCUCAACCAGGGAGGCGUGCCCACCUCGGGGUGGGGUGGCGUGGAGAGCUCGGAAGGGGGCGCGAAUUUUUUCAAGAAAAAAAACAGACAGUAUAGCAUUUGGGGGGGGGGGACAUGUGUUCCCCCUCUCUCUGUAUUUUCUUUUUGCUGGGGAGAGGCGGAGCUUAGCCGGCCUUUUCUCUAGCUGUCAGUGCAGACCAGUGUAGCCAACUUAGCGACUUCUCACACCCCUUUAGCGACUUUUUUUUUUUGCUUAAAAAACCCCCCACAACAAAACGCCUAGCGACAAAUCUAGCGACUUUUUGGACAAACCUUAGCGACUUUCCAAAUAUCCCCAGUCCUGUCCUGCAAGCGCGAGGUCUUUCUCUCCCGCUGCACUCUCACCUCUCUCUGCGUCUGCUCUGUUCAGUGAGGGGCUGAGAACCGGAGAUUUAACAAUGUCAUGGAUAACGAGAGGCAGACCUUCCUCCCAAUUUACAUCAUUCACAAGUGAAUGUUUUUAAAACGCAAGACGAGUGUAAUGCAACAUGUUAAAUAGUACAUGUUAUUACAGCCUAGUUCUCUUGUUCAAAGUAGUUAUAGUGUUCAGAAACAUUUAUAUCAUUCAUAUCGUUAUAUAGGUUUAUAAAAGUUAUUU